UAAAAGACCCCCGCAUGAACCGCUUUAAAGGUUAUAUCUUAGAAAUGCGUAUAGACCGCUAGCAAACCCCGGCAGCCUAAACAGCUUUUCUUUAAAGAGAGAACGGGGUGUGUGUGAGAGAGAAUCACAGCAGAAAACACCCUUCUUCCGCUCCUCCUCCUCCUGGUUGGAGCUCAUAUCUCCCCCCUUAGCUUUCCUCUGCUCUAAAAAUGUUUUCUUACUCAGUGCAACAAGUUUUUUACUGAACUUGCCUCACAUGGUGAAAGAGAGCCCUGCAAGGCGGCGGAUGGGAGAGAGGAUUUAAAGCACUUUCUUUUCUUGGCUGUAUAGGAGAAAAAGGGAAGGAGCCGCACACCAAGGGAAUUGCAUGUAGCCUUUUUUUUUUAAUUUGCAAAACUAGGGACGUAGUGCGUUUCUUUUGUCUGCACCUAGGGCCUCGCUGCAGGGAGUUCUCCCUGUUGUAGAAAUGGCUUGGAUCAGGUGGGGUUUUCUGCUGUGUGCAUGUGUCUUUUUGUCCCCGACCCUCGACGCUUCCGAGAGGGGCAAGCUGAGGACGAUCACUUAUGUUCUGCGCCCGGAUCAGUCGGGCACGUCUAACAGCCGCCGGCAGAGCGGAGGACACCAGCAGCAACAGCAGCGCGCGUUCAAUGUGGAGGUGCUGAACACCCGUUACAGCAGCACCCGACGGAGCAGCAGCACACUGGAACGAACUCGCAGGAUGAGCAAAGCGAGCGGCCCCAGCAUGCAGCUCCGUUUGGGCCCCACCGUGCAACUCCAACACAAACCUGGCGGCGGCGGCGGCAGCAGCAGCCUCACGGCAGCCGCCUCCUUCAGCAAAGCGGGCAAGCUCGUCGCGCGCUCCAAGCUCCAGCAGCGACAGGGCAACAGGACCUCCAGCGCGCAGGUUCACUCCAAGCCCCAUCUGCAGCAGCUACAGGGGGUGAAUGUCUGUGGAGGGCAGUGCUGUCAUGGCUGGAGCAAAGCUCCUGGCUCUCAGAGGUGCACCAAACCUAACUGUUCACCACCAUGCCAAAAUGGAGGGAUGUGUCUGCGACCACAGCUUUGUGUCUGUAAACCAGGGACAAAAGGUAGCACUUGUGAGGAUACUAGCAAGCAAGAAACUGCUUCUCCUGGAGGAACAGGCCCUGUGACUCCACCAUGGCCUAUCCCUCAGCAGUCUAUUCAGCAGUCUUUUUCUAAGAAGGUGCUGGUCCAGCAAAAGGUCAAUCCCAUGGCUCAGAUGACUUUCACACUAAAGCAGAAACCCUCUGGAUUACCACAGCAAAUGCAAUCACAAAUGAUGCCUCGUUCAUCCCAGACUUUGAUGAUGAAUGUGCAUCAUGGCCAAACACAGGAAUAUGUUAUCAAGCCCAAGUACUACCCAACAAAGAAAAUAAUUUCAGGAGAACAAUCUACAGAGAGUUCAUUGCCUUUAAGAAUAAGCCAGGAUCAACUUGCAUCACCUUUCCAAUCACAGGGCAGGCACCUUCAACUUCCAGAAGAUACUGCUCUUGACCCGGACACUGGCUUAAUGAUCCUGGACAAAGAGGAAUGGAGUGGAGAUUCUGAAUCAGAAGAUAUUGCAACCACUAGAAUUUUCCAGGAGCUGCACUUCCUCCCCCUCCUGUGUAAGGCAAUGGAAGCCCUGACGCUAACUUCUACAGAGGAUCCUCCUGCCCCCUCUACUUCCAGGGUUUCAGUGGUGUGCCCAGACCCGAAACCCAAGUCCAGAGUCCUGAAGCUCCUUUCCUUACUUCCCAAAGUAAUCAAGUCAGAGUUCGACAUUCCAUUACAAUGCAAGAAGUCAGUCUCAAUUGCCAACAAAUAUUAUACGCUGGAGCAACACAUCAUGGACCAACUGAAGCUCCCGCUGAUAGAUGCUCCCAUCGUAAAUUUGCUGGAUCUAUCUUUGAACCGAAAGGACUCAAAUGCUCAUCUGAAAGACGACACAGAGAGCAAAAUGGAUCAGGCUUCUCUACACAAGAGGGAAGGGGUCCUGCAGGCAAUUUCCCAUCUGAUACAGAUUGCAGCUAUAGAAACUGUCCCAGCAGGGGAGAGAUUUUUGGGAAACUACUCUUUGUUCUUCACCGUCGCGAAAAAAGAUGGAUCGUUCAGGGUGGUGCUGGAUCUAAAGAAACUGAAUGGAUUCCUAAAAUGCUACCUCAGGUUUGCGGUGGGUCAAGACCACUUUCAAUACAAGGCUAUGCCAUUUGCCCUGUUGUCUGCCGCCAGGGUAUUCACGAAAAUUGUGGUAGCCCUGGUGGCACACCUCAGGACACAAGGCCUGGGAGGACCUCCACAGCUUCCUAGUCAACGAACCCAAGAGUCAGCUAUUUCCAUCUCACAGCAUAAUUCAGUGAGACUAGCAGUGAGACUCGCAGAAGGGAACCUUAAGGUUAUCCCAAGAAAGAAUAGAGAUAUGCACGAUGACGUCAAAAGUUCUGUCAUCCGACUAAGCAGAUCUGAUGCAAUUGGCGGCUGUCCUGGGGUUGAUGGUGUCUAUAUUCCAAACUAUGCCUUGGGUGCAUCAUCAUUCUCGGGCACUUCAAUGGGCACUUCAGCCAUUCCAAAGCGACAUAGCUUCAAGGUACCACCACAGAGUGGCACUGUCACUGCAGGUACAUCAAUCGUUACUAUGGUGGGUUCACGAACCCAACCUGUUGAGAGGAGUGCCAUUUCAGGAUCCCCCUCACACCCUGAUCACAUCGGAUGCCCCCAGAUGGGGGGCCAUCUGCGACGGUCAGAUGAUACAGGGCACAUGGUCUCCACAGGAAUCCACUCUGCCAGUCAAUCUCCUGGAACUUCGAGCUGUCCGUCUGGCCCUCAUACACUUCGCAGAGUUCAGACAAUUGGGGGCAGUGCUGAUAAGAACAGACAAUUUAUUUGCCACCUUCCUUGCAUGAAUGGAGGCCAAUGUAGUUCAAGAGAUAAGUGCCAGUGCCCUCCUAAUUACACCGGUAAACUUUGUCAGAUCCCAGUGCAGAGUGGCAGUGCUCCAAAACUUUAUCAUAAUCCUCAGCAAGCAAACAAAGCUGUGGGAUCACAUGUCAUCCAUUCCACACAUACUUUACCACUGACUAUGCCUGGGCAGCAAGGAGCAAAAGUAAAGUUUCCUCCCAACAUUGUGAACAUCCAUGUGAAACAUCCCCCUGAAGCUUCAGUGCAGUUUCAUCAAGUUUCAAGGAUUGAUAGCACAUCAGCAGGACAGAAAGCAAAACCAUCCCAAUCUGGACAUUCACAGGUUUCUUAUCAAAGUCUACCAUUUCAGAAGACCCAGAAAGUACAUUCCACCUACUCACAUCAGCAACCUAUUUCUCACGUAUACCCUAUUUCUGCUAAAACCCAGCUUGGGCGAUGCUUUCAGGAGACUAUUGGGACACAGUGUGGUAAAGCACUCCCUGGUCUCUCAAAGCAAGAAGAUUGCUGUGGGACUGUGGGUACUUCCUGGGGAUUUAACAAAUGCCAGAAAUGUCCAAAGAAACCAGCUUACCCUGGAUAUAGCCCAGUGGUGGAUUGUCCACAAGGUUACAAGAGAAUUAAUGCUACUUUUUGUCAAGAUAUUAAUGAAUGCCAGCUACAAGGGGUAUGCCCUAAUGGUGAGUGUUUGAAUACCAUGGGCAGCUAUAGGUGUACCUGCAAAAUGGGAUUUGUGCCAGACCCUACUUUUUCCAGAUGCAUCCCUGAUAAUCCCAUGGUCACUGAAGAGAAAGGGCCCUGCUACCGGUUUGUCAGUACAGGAAAGCAGUGUAUGCACCCUCUCUCUGUUCAGCUCAGCAAGCAGCUCUGCUGUUGCAGUGUUGGCAAGGCCUGGGGCCCUCACUGUGAGAAAUGUCCCAUUCCAGGAACAGCUGCUUUUAAGGAAAUCUGCCCUGGUGGAAUGGGCUAUACGGUUUCUGGCUCUCACAGAAACAAGCUAUAUCAUCACCCUGCAGUUAGAGUUCAGCCACCUGUCAUUGGCAAGACCCAGAUUACUCAUCAUGUUGCUAAAGGUACUUCUCCUCCACCUCUCCCAGCAAAGGAAGAGCCGGUGGAGGCACUGACCAUCUCACAGAAAAGUGAGCCCGAGGUGGCUGUGCAAGAAGUAGUAGUUGAAAAAACCUCUCCCCCUGUGCCUGUUGAAGUUGGUCCAGAUGUCUCUACUUCAAGCGCUAGUCAAGUAAUUGCACCAACUCAAGUUACAGAAAUUAACGAGUGCACAGUGAACCCAGAUAUCUGUGGAGCAGGACAUUGUGUUAAUUUGCCUGUGGGAUACACCUGCUUCUGCUAUGAUGGAUACAGGCUUAAUGAACAACAAACAAAAUGUUCUGAUAUUAAUGAAUGUACUCAGAAUUCCCAUCUCUGCUCCCUUGGGCAUUGUGAAAAUACAGAAGGAAGCUUCCUAUGCAUUUGCCAGGCAGGGUUCAUGGCCAAUGAACAAGGAACAGACUGUGUUGAUGUUGAUGAAUGUGCCAGACCUCAUACCUGUGGGGAAGGGCUCUGUGUAAAUACCGUUGGUUCAUACAGAUGUGAAUAUUGCGACAGUGGAUUCCGGAUGAACAGGAGAGGCCCGUGUGAAGAUAUUGAUGAAUGCUCAAUUCCACAUACUUGUCCAGACACAGAGUGUAUUAACAGUCCUGGUUCUUACCAGUGUGUCCCUUGCAGAGAUGGAUUCAGAGGCUGGAAUGGGAAAUGCCAUGAUAUAAAUGAAUGUCAGUAUAGCAAUCUCUGCACAAAUGGCCAGUGUGAAAACCUGGAAGGAUCAUUCAGGUGUCUUUGUAGCCAAGGUUAUCAGCUGUCCCUUGGUGGAGAUCAGUGUGAAGAUAUAGACGAAUGUGAACAGCAGCAGCUCUGCACAGAUGGACAAUGCAGAAACAUAGUUGGAUCCUACAGAUGUAUUUGUGCCCAAGGCUACCAAUUGUCACCUACAAGAGACCAUUGUGAAGAUAUUAAUGAAUGCCAAGAAGACAAUGCUGUAUGCCAUGGAGGGAACUGCAUUAAUACUAAAGGUUCUUAUGAGUGCACUUGCCCAGAAGGCUUCCAGCUACUAUCCUCCAGGGGUUGUCAAGAUAUCAAUGAAUGUGCAGAAACCAAUCUCUGUUUACCUCAUGGGGAAUGUUUAAAUACUGAGGGCUCUUUCCACUGCAUUUGUGAGCAGGGUUUUACUGUUUCCAUAGACAGCCAAACAUGCGAAGAUGUGGAUGAAUGUGCCAAUAGCACUGUGUGUGGCAGUCAUGGCUUCUGUGACAAUUCACCCGGAUCCUUCCGCUGCCUUUGUUAUCAGGGUUAUCAGUAUCUACACGAUGGGAAAGAGUGUGUGGAUGUGAAUGAAUGUGAAGUGCUGAGUGGAGUAUGUGGAGAAGCCCUAUGUGAAAAUGUAGAAGGCUCCUUCCUGUGUCUGUGUUCUGAUGAAAACCAGGAGUAUGACCCAAUGACCGGACAGUGUCGCUUACGUUCCUCACCAGAUUUACCAGCAGAUACCAAAGAAGUGGCAGAUGAAAAGAAGGAAUGUUACUACAAUCUAAAUGAUGCAAAUUUUUGUGAUAAUGUGCUAACGUCCAAUGUCACAAAACAAGAAUGCUGCUGUACUUUGGGUGCUGGCUGGGGUGAUAACUGUGAAAUAUUCCCGUGUCCCGUGCUUGAAAGUGCUGAGUUUACUGAACUGUGCCCUGAAGGGAAAGGGUUCAUACCCUCUGAAGAUUCAUCUUAUGGAGUCAUUGCACAGAAUUACAAAGAUGCUGAUGAAUGUCAGCUCUUUGGACAAGAAAUAUGUAAGAAUGGGUUCUGUUUAAACACACAGCCUGGCUAUGAGUGUUAUUGUAAACAAGGCACAUAUUAUGAUCCUAUAAAACUCCAGUGCUUUGAUACGGAUGAAUGUCAAGACCCUAACAGCUGUGUCGAUGGCCAGUGCGUCAACACUGAAGGAUCUUACAGCUGUUUCUGUAUACAUCCAAUGGUUCUGGACUCCACAGAAAAGCGAUGCAUCAGACCAGCAGAGUCAAGUGAACAAACUGAGGAAACCGAUGUCUACCAGGAUCUUUGUUGGCAACACCUGGAUGAUUAUUUUGUUUGCACCCAGCCUCUUGUUGGGAAGCAAACUACUUACACCGAGUGCUGCUGUUUAUAUGGCGAAGCGUGGGGCAUGCAGUGUGCACUGUGCCCAAUGCAGAACUCAGAGGAUUAUGCCCAGUUGUGCAACAUUCCAGUUCCUGGAUCUCGAAGGCCGUAUAGGCAAGAUGCAUUGGCUGACUUUGAGGAGGAACAGUAUACUCCAGAAACUGACCCAUAUUUUGUGGAAGACCGUUUCCUGAACAGCUUUGAGGAGUUACAGGCAGAAGAAUGUGGUAUUCUGAAUGGAUGUGAAAAUGGACGUUGUGUAAGGGUGCAGGAAGGGUAUACCUGUGACUGUUUUGAUGGUUACCAUCUGGACAUGGCCAAAAUGACAUGUGUUGAUGUGAAUGAAUGCAGUGAACUGAACAAUAGGAUGUCACUCUGCAAGAACGCCAAGUGCAUUAACACAGAAGGAUCAUACAAGUGUUUGUGUCUCCCUGGCUAUGUCCCUUCAGACAAGCCCAACUACUGCACACCCCUGAACUCAGACACAGACAGUGAACUGGAGUAAGAGAAGCAGCUGCCACCAUGUAACUUUAAGCCCAUAUACUCUGCACUGUCUAAAGAAAAGAAGAGAAAGAAGCAUAUUUAACAUGAGUUAAGGAUGCUCCUCACCCAGAGGUUGGCUAUGUAUGGAAAACAAGCAAUAAAGCAUGUCCUUAAAAAUGAAGUUGAUAGUUUAAUGAACGUCAUCUUCACUAAAGCAACAGACCAAAUGGACACAUUUCCCUGUAUGAAAUGCAUAAAUAUUGUGUGUUCAUAAAUAAAAUUCACAGGAAUAAGCAAAAUGUGCUGUUAUUUUGAACAGAAGGGUGUUUUUUACUAUUGCUUGGUUUAUUUGACAUUUAAUUAGUUGUGAAAAUAUUUUAUAGUACUUUUUUAUUUCGCAGUUCUUUGCCUACUGUUCCUUUGGAAGCUUUUCCUCUUUUGAUCCAGAUAUUGCAAUAUAAGCAAUUUUUAAUGGUUAUACACAAAAUAAUGCUUGUCUUUGUCUGGAACAUUGGCCAGUGACUUUUUUAAAUUGCUAAAUGUCUGCCCUGUGGAGCAGACACUGUUUUUUAAAAUAAUGUACACAUCACAGAGAUAAAUCCUUUGUAUUCAUUUUGUAUUUCACGUGGCCUUUCGCUGCACUUAACAUGCCUUAGAACCUGCCUUGCUGAGUUUCAAAGCUGCUAGAGGACGACCAUUGAAUAUCUUUUGUAUGCUGUAACAAAAGAUCUGAGCUCCUGUUUGUAUUGUAAUGUGUAAAUUAAACACAGAUCUUGUACUGGUUACCCUAACAUAUUAAAGCUGUAUAUUAAAACUCAAUAAAAUCUACCAUUUUUUAGAAAAAAA